UGUUUGUUUCGAAGCUGUUGCUAUUCUGAUAACACUUCCUGCAUGUCAACACGUGCCCUCAUUAAAACCUUCUUUCAUUCUCAUAUCCCGCCAACCUUCUAAUUCUGUUAUAUUACGCGGCAAAUAUGUUCACUCGCAACUUAACUCAGUUGCUACGCCAUACAAAGUACAUAGGUAUCCCUGUAGCUCGGUGUGCUGAUGAUGCUACAUCUCUUCUAAAGUUUGAAAAAUGUUUGAACCAAGUAAAUUUGAUUGGUCGAAUUGGACGAGAUGCAGAAGCUCGUGGCUCAGAAAGCCAUCCUGUUAUUAUAUUAUCAUUGGCAACAAGCUUUGUUUACUCUAAAUCUUCUGGAGAAACCAUAUCUAGGACAGAUUGGCACCGUGUCAGUGUGUUUAAAGCUGGACUUCGAGACAAAGUUGCUGCAUAUAUAAGGAAAGGAGACCGUGUGUUUGUGAGUGGCACUCUUCAGUAUAAUGAGUAUUGGGAUUCAGGCAAUGUACUACAGAAGUCUACUACAAUUAUUGCAAAUGAUAUAAUAAAUUUAACCAAAAAAUACUUGAAGAAUGAUGAAGAAUUGGAUAUGUGAUCUAAAACCAUGAACUCUUGUUUGGUUUAUUACAAAAAUUAGAAUUAUGUGCCUUAGCAAAACUUAAAAAAAGUAAACUACUAUAUUGAACAAAUUUUCAUUAAUUGCUGAUAUCAAUAUUAACAUCAAUGAGAAAAGCAACACCAGGUAAAUAAUAAUAAUAAUGAUUAUUAUUGCACUUAACCAAGCAUAGGGCCAGAAAUUUUGCAGAAGUUGAUUAAAUCAGUCCCAGUACUUGAUUGGUACUGUAUUUUAUUGACCUCAGCAGGAUUUGAACUUAAAAUGUAGAGCCAGAACAAAAACUGCAAGGUGUUUUGUCUGAUACUUGUAAUAAUUAUCAUGAUUUCUUUGUUAGGCGCAUAUCUAUGAAAAGAUUUUCUUCAUUUAAAAUGAAGUUAACAAUUAUGUAAAAAGAAAAAAGCAUUUAUGAAUCAAAAAAUUAAAAUCGAAACAAUGUUACAAAUACAUUGGAUUCAAAUAAGUAAAAGAAAUUUAGUGUUUGUAGUUGUUAAGGAGAUUUCCUAUCAUAGUUUCACACAACUAGCCUGUUGUUUAUUCCUAUUCUUCCAUAUGAUAUUGGCCACUCUUAACUGUUUAAUCUAAAGAUAAUAAUAAUAAUAAUAAUGAUGAAAACCAUAGAACAAAACAGGAAGUGUUCUUAGAUAUUAGCUAACUACAUAACUAGCAACAUUCAUUUAUCACUAUUUAUCUUGAGUAAACUGCAGCCAACUUAUCUUUGAAUGACCUGUUUUCCUUAAUCAAACUGAUUAAGGAAAAUCAUUUGUAUAUGGAGCAUUAAAAAGCUUAAAAUAAGAUUGACUAUGCAAUGAUAGAAAAAUAUCAAUUCUUAACUAAUGCUACUUCUAACACACACAAACACAAGACAACUCUACAUCUGUUUCUGCCUGAUUGAGCAUCAUCAGCAAGUAUUCAGUCAAGCCAGAAGUUGAUAAUAUCUUAGCAAGUAGCUAAAUAAAUAUACAGAAAUGUUUAUUUGUUGACAAGAAAGAAAAUUUUAAAAAAUU